UAAACCCAAAUCCAAAUGUUCAUCGUUCCCAAAUGUUCUUCUUCUUCCCCUCAAUCACUAAAACUUUGAGAUUUCUCAUUUACACCACUAAACCCACCACACCUAUAAUUUUUUUGCUUCAUCAUGUUUUGUGUUUUUGAUUUUGGGUCACCGCUUAUGAUGACAAGGCUUGGGAUUAAACAAAAUCCUUGGCUCUGUGAAGCCUCUUCUUUGAUUCCCGGUAACGAGAAUUGUUGGGAUUCUUAUAAAAGGAUUAUACUCCUCUAUCUUUGGGAGAUUAUAUUCGUCUAUCUGUUUCUCUCUCUCGCACCCAUUUGACUCAUUCUGUUAAUUCCACUCACCAUCCUCUGAAAAUCAUCUCCCUUCUCUAAUGGAGAUCAAAGGUUUAACUGUGUGUUCUAACUCCACCCUUUACAUCUUGUAUGAAUGGAUUGAUUGAUUUAAUAUCAGAUGCUUACUGAUUGCAAACAACCACUCCUUCAACUUCAACCAAGACAACUACCUAAAAUGUCAAUCUCUUCAACAACAUUCAAACCUUCUCUUUCUAGAACAUACAGACCUGUUUCAUUGAGACGUGAGAGUCAAAUUUUGAAACCAUUGAAUAGUGUCUUGAGCAAGCAAGGGGAAAUCUUCAGCUCAACCAGUACUAUCUGGAGCAACCAAAUGGAAUUCUUCAAAGCAGCCAGCACUGUUAUUGGAGUGUUUGGAUCGGUUUUUUCUGUUGUAUCAGCUCUGUACUCUCUUGCUGUUGUGUAUAAAGAAGGUGAUAUUAUUGAGUUGCCAAUCAAUGGUGUGGUCACUAUCUGUUAUGUUCAUAGCAUUGGGGUCUUUAAUACAAAUGUUCAGUUGCAGUCUGGUGGAGGAUGGUACAAGAUUAAACAUUUCAAUGGGGACAUUAAAACAGUUUGUAAUCUUACUCGAGUGGAUGGUGCUCUGAAGUUUUAUCGGAUUUAUGUUGAUUUUGAAAUUGACAAGAAUUCACCAUUAAAGGAGAUCAAACAAAAGAUUAAGUAUAUAAUCAGCAAGGAGGAGUAUGUACAAGACCUAUCAGUAUCAUUACUUACUGAGAAGAAGAUUGGUGUCUCUUGCCAUGUACCAUUAUCGAAGCUCAAAACUCCUCGUUUUGAGAGCUAUCUUGAAAUUCGGGACGACAUAAUCUCAGCAGUUGGAGGAUCUUUCCGUUCCAGCAGCCCUCCCAUCUGAAUUCUUCAAAUUUUUGAAAAUUUCUUAGUGAAUGUGAUGUGCUGCAAUGCCAUCUCUGUAAAAUUGCAAAUAGUUGUGGAUAUAAACUCUCUUCGGAUUUGUAAUAAUAAUAAAUAGUAUGUUCUUUUGAUUGUUA